AGUCUUCAGUCGCUCACGUCAUGUGGUAUGAGUCUCAUGGACCGAUAUAGUCUCUGUUAAUUUCAUCUGGAUAUUUGAUGAAUAGCUGGUGAUAUUUUGGAUCUAGGAGCAAGACAAGAUGAAGACAGACCUGAACGUGAUAUAACCCAUAAAGACACUGUUGGUGUUGAAGUUUAAAAGUGAUUCAUCGGCAUCGUGAAGUGUUGACAGAAGUUUGAUUCAUUCAGUAACUUGUUUCGUUGUAUAUACUGACGCAUCUUGGAAAUAUGAAGUGGAGUUUAGGAAAACAUCUCUAUACACUGUACAAAGAUGAACCUUAUAAAAGAGAAAUUGUUCUGUGUGUGACAUAAACGUACCAAUUGUUUGAGGGAAAAGUUUGUCAGAUAUCGCGUACAUUCUUGAUACUGUGUUAACCUAGAGAGAGAGUGUAAAGUUGAUUCAUCGUUUCACCGCCGAAUCUGCGCACUAUACACACUUUUUACCUUAUAACUAAAAGUGACUGGAUCUUUAUUCCUGUAAGAUCUGUGUGUAUUGUGGAUAUUCCGAGGACUUUGUACUUUAUUACUACACUUAGUAUUCUACGAUCUCCGCCCACAUUUGCUCAGUGUCUUGUCCUCCUCCCACGCCCGCCCGUACCCCACAUCUCCCUCCCAUCCAUACCCACUUUUAUCCUACCUUUGUUAACUCAACACUUACAAUUUCUGCAAACUCUUCACACCUUCUCACCUUCACCUAUUUCUUCCUCCUUUUCUUCAUCUACGUCUCUUUCCUCUCACCCACACUUACCUAACCACCUCUACCCACACCACCCACCGCCUACUACUCCAAACGGACCCACACCACCUUCUACCCACGCCCCACAGACGGCAUGGGCUGUGGCGAGAGUAAAGAACUAAAACCGAUCACGGUGAUAGACGCACAAAAGAAAUUAGAGUCGUCGCUUGAAGGUCUAGAGGUAGUAAGGUUGACCUCCUCGGCUUCCUCCUCCUCCGGAAUGGGGUCCGCUGCGUCCUCCAAACCCAUCACGCCCCAGGAUGAGGUCCUUCACAACCAGGAGUCCAAGGCGAGUCUCGGAGAUCUUCCAUCCACCCUCGAAAACAUCCCGGACAAUGAUUUGGGGGAAUCUCUUGACUGUAGAAGAGGUAGAGCACUAUGGUUAAAGUCUCCUGGAGCCCCGCCUACGUCCUCUGUGACUCCGCCCACUUCCUCGUCAGCCAGGAGCGUGGAUUCAAGCGACUCUGGUAUCUACGAUUUAGACGAUGAUUACUCGUUCGUCAUCACUGAGAACUCACCCCCGGAGCUGAUCAAGAGGGUAGAGGCGGACUUUAUGCCUGUGGAGAACCUUGAUCUGACGAUAACGGGGAAACAGUGUCCUCGUCUCCUGAGCGGUUACCAGAAGGCCCGACAAGAGGAGCAGUCUAUCCUGGAGGCGCUGAGGGAGGAAGGUUUCAUCGCCACCUCGAGGCAGAAAGUUGCCACCGGUGUCGCUUACGAGAUCAUAGAGGCGACCCCACAAACCGAGUCUGCUGGUAGCAACAAGUUCAGGCCUAAGGACUUCCUGCCAGAGGUAACACGCCAACACCUCGAGUCUCAGAGGAACAAGUUCAGCCUCCGUGAUAAGACCGAACAUGACGUCAGUAUGAAGAUGCACCUGGCCAAUGAAAGACGACAGGCGGAGUUGGAUUCGUUUAAGGAGAAGAUGGCGUCGCUGUACAAGAAAGACGACCCUGAGGCGAAGAGACGACAAGAACUGCAGUCUAAAUUAACCCAACAGAACGACGCGGCUCUCGAGAAGAGAGAAACACACCUGAAGGAACUACGUGAUAAACUACAAGCAAAGAAUAAAAAGAUACAGCAAGUUAAACUGAAGAAACUCAUUAACAAACCACCUGUUCCUGUACCUGUGGGCCCUACUUCCCGAGCCUUGAGUGGAAAAGAUACAUAUGAAAAUUUCUUCGACUAGCGUACACGAGAAGAAAACUAAAAAGUUCCUGAUCUUUUUACGUAAUCUCUGCCGAUCCUCACUCCUCCAAAAAAUAUUUCCAAGUUGUGACAUUCAGCGAGGAUUGUGUGUUAUACUUCGUUCAGUCACGAUACUUAAAGAAGCUAUGCACGGAACCUUUGAGAGAACUUUUUUUUUAUCAAGUAAAGGCCAAAAAAUCCUCGGAGUAAGUCUUUGUGUUGGAAAAUUUUAUCCAUAGGGUAUGACCUCAAUGGAGCCUUGAGUUAAGGGUUUAAAAAAAAAAAAUCCCCAAGAUUUUUUUGAGUUGUGUUGAGGCUGAGGAGAGAAGCGUCUUUUUUCUUUUUUUUAUUUACUGGGAGUGCUUCAACAGUCUGUCCUCUUGAAUGCCCAGAGAAUUAUUGACCUGCAAGUGACGUACUGUACAUGUAUGUAGACCAACCAGGAACAGUGUUAUCUCCAAGUUUUUUUUAUUUUACAGUACUGAAACAUCACAUACUUCAUGUAGAUAAAGAAUUAGUUCAUUAAUGUUAGGUAUAUAUAUUCACCUAAACUAAUAAAUACUUACGUCUGCAAUUUUUUAUAUAUAAUUAAAUAGGAUUGAAGGUGAAAGUAAAAAAAUAAUAAGUAUAGGAGUUAUCGAGUUGUAAAUCAAUCAUGAAACAACAAAGUAAUGCGUGAGUCUUGUGAUAACCUGUGCGGUAGAUAUUGAUUUGAUUCAUUCAUAUGGAAGAUAUUUUUAUGUCAUAGAAAUAAGAUCUGUCUAACGAGUGUAAACUGUGGAAUGUAUUAGGUUUAUAUAAUACUCCUUAUAACAGAUAAUUCUUAGACCUAUUAUCAUCUGGUGUGUGAUUUUUUUUGGGCGGCGGUAUGGUCGAUCAUUUUCACUUGUGUUAUUUCCAAUGACAGAACAAAUAGUUAUGUGUUGGGUAAUGGAAGUUAGAACAGAAAUAUAAACAAUGAAAGAAUGACUCGAGCAAAGUUCAGAGUUUUAAAUAUCCUUUCUGGUCGAUUCUGUCAUUGAGCAGAAAACUAAACCUUGAGAUUAGUUUCAUACGCACAAAAUAUAUUCAAGAGAUUUUCCCUACGCGUAUAGGUUUAGAUAUUAAUAGUUCAGGUACAAUAAUUGCCACCUGGUGAUGAAUCAUUUAGUUGAUACAUUGAACCAGAUGUGAAAAAAAAAGAGUUGUAUAUAUUAAUGAAACUUAAUAUUCCUGAAGUAAGGCGACCGACCAUUUGCUUGCUGCUGUAGUUACCAGAAUCACUAUACUGUACUAAAACACACAAUUGUCUUAACUAUCCUUCAUUAUUUACAAAACCAACAUUCCAGAGUUUGUAUUUGACUUCUGUUGGGUGUUAUAUGUGCCUUUUAAUCAAUGGAUGUUAACCCAAUUAACUUUAGAAAAAUAUUACAAUCGUUUAAAAGAAAAAUAAUAUAUAUAGGAGUAAAUUCUUGAUUGUCUCUGAUGCUUAAACCUAAACUCUUUGUGGAUAGUGAGAGGUUUAAUGGAUUCCAAUCCUACAAGACCCCUUACCUAACUUGUGGGCUUCAGUGCUCUUGGGUCCCCAUGACGUGACACACUGGUGAAUUUUCUUACAUUGGUUGAAAGAAAAAGAAAUUAUUGAUAUUUUGAACAAUCAUUCCAUCUGUCGAAGGUUGAUUAGCACGGGAUAUAAGAAGGCCGCCACUUGACGACAGAUCUGGGCGAGUGAGAAUGUGUGUGUGUGUGUGUGUGUGUGUGUGUGUGUGUGUUAAUGUUGAUCUGUUUUAGUAGAGAUUUAGAAAGAGAAAGUAAAAGAAAUAGCUAUAUGUUUGGUUGGUAGUGUUGUGCGUAAAUUCUCGUGUGUGUGUGUGUUUGUGUGUCCAAGUCAAACAUUAAAAGUGGCGUGUAUUAGUCAAGGGGGGAAAAUAAAUACCUCAUAACUUACACUUAAAACUCAUAACCAAGUUUACUUUGAAGAAUACAGCCGAAGGCUUAGUUAUCACAUAUAUCAGAGAGAUCAAUGAUUUUUAUUCAUUUUUUGCUCACUUCUGGAUCAUUCGUUCUAGAUUCGUAUAUAUUGUUAUACUUAUUUAUUUAUUUAUUUAUUUAGUCUUAUGAAUAGAAAGGGUAAAUUACUGUCGCAUUCGGUGGUAGUGACGCACUGUCCAGGCCACGAUCUUUGUACUGUCAGGUGUGUUCAGGAAUAUCUGAGCAUCUCACUGACAAACAUGAAUCUUUUAUCAUGAAUGGAACCUUUGCCAGAUGAUUUUCCAUAGGUGUAUACUAUAUUACCUUUAUCAUUACUAAAGGUAUGAUUUAUAGCUGCCAGUUUUUGUAUCAGCGUAUUAAAUAAAGCCAGACGGACACAGUACUCAAGAUUUGUGUUUAUUAUCUACCGGUGGUAAAGAGAUCUGGCACAAGAGGAGAGCUAUACGUUUAGAUGUUCUCCUCUCUCACGGAUGUCCACUUAGAGGCAUUUAUGUAUCUUGUGCCUGUAAGUUGAUAAAUCAGAAACUAGUAUGUAACUGUAUCGCUGUCUCAGAUGCGAAUGUUUUAUAAAUAUAUGUUUACGUACACAUGUAAGCCAUGAAUGGUACAAAAUAUCCAUACUAGGUCAUCAUCUUCUUGUAUCAUACGGUAUUGUGUCGUGUAACCUUAUAACACCUCAAUUUGGACAAUCUAGAAAGAUAUUUAUGUUUAAGGUUAUUGAGUACAACCUUUUGUCAACACCUGUAGCAAAAUUUCACGUAUAAGCUAAUUUUCAGACUAUUUUUUUAUUUAGGUUAAGAUAUUUAACACUAUUAUUAUAUUAAGAAAGACAUUGUUAUUUUUUAGUAAUUCAAAUGUGAAAUAGUUGAAACUGAAACUAUUAAAUUCACAGCGCCAAGAAGAUACACCUAAGAGCAUCACAGAACGACUAACUUAACACGUAUAUAUCACAAUACUCAUCCAUUUGUUUUUUUUAGUAUAUUAAGAGGUUUGUGCUGGUCGCCGGGUGUGGGUGUACAUUGUCAUACUCUGAAAUAUUUAUUGAAAUCAGUUGUAUGUAAUUAGGGCCGGCUGCAGUCUAGUUAGUGUGUAGCUCUUGUGAAAUAAAUAUACACUUAAUU